AGAGGUUCUAGAACAGUGUAGCAGCUACAGUAAAAACAGAAAGACUCCACCUAAGUCUUUCCCAACCUAGCAAUGGCUUUUGUAUCAAUGCCAUGAUGUGAACUCACUCUCAGGAAAAAGAGGAAAGAAGAUAUCUGCAGCCCAUCUGGAUCCAUUAUGCAACAGCCAUACAAGCGUGAACUCAGAUGAGACUUCAUGAAGGUGGGGCCAUACCUAAAUAAGAGGGAAAACAACUCCCAAUUAUUCUUGAUGUAUUGUUUUCAGAGAGAAGGAAGAAGGAAAUAGGGAAAGACGUCCUAACGUUGCAGGUAGCUAAUAGGAAAAGGAAAUGCUGAGCAUCUGUUCCAAGCGGACUGACUGACAAUAAUAGUUUGGAGACAAAUAGGAAGGAUGGGGGAUUCUGAAGGCCUGGUUGAUCAGGAAGCUCUUGAGAGCAGCAUCACAAAUGAAGAAGUCUCUGAUGUCCAGGAGGAAAAACCUAACAGUGAAAUUAAUGAGGAGGGUAACAAUGAAAGUAAUGAACCUCAGGAAAGUGGAGUUGCUGGUGAAGAAGAAAAGGGAGAAGCCCAAGAGGAAACAAUUGCAGAUAAUGAGGUUGAGGAACAGCCUCAGAACCCAAACCAGGCUGUCAGGUCACAGUCCCUUGUCAAAAGGCAGCAGUCUGUAAGCCAAAGAAGUCCCUCAUCCACUGACCAGCGCACACCCCCGCAGGUAAAAUCUCACAUGCCACUUACAAAUGUAGUUAGCGUCAGUGAUGGCAGAACUAUGAUAAAGCCGGUGGAGCAGCAGAACACAACUGAAGAGGAUGCAGUUCGGGUUAGCCAAAAGACAGGCAAGAAAAUUAGAGACAGUACGAUUCAGACAAGUCUCAUCUGGGAAAAAAAGCCACUUUCACAAAUUCUUCCCCAUUCACGGAAGCAAGCACCAUGUCCUGGCAGUACACAAAAACCACAAGAUCAGAACUCCUUCUUUAAUUGGCCAGAUCCUUUUGAGUUCUAAUUGCUAUACCGUUUCCAACUUUUUUGUGUUUUCAAAUGCCACUUCUGCUCCUGACAGUCGGACAAUUUAAAUACUUGGGAGUGUUAUCCAGAUUAAAUGCUGUGAGAUGUCCGUUAGAGCAAAUAGCCGUUUGUUCUGUUGAAGACUUACUGUAGUUGAAAAGCCACACAGUUCACAAUUCAAAUGAAAACAUCGUUCAGUAAAAGCUUCUCUCUUUCAC